GUUGAAAAGUUCAAACACAAUCAGCAACCUCACAAUUCUCUUCAUUCAAUGUUCAAUAUCCAUACAGGAAAUACGUUGCCUUUGAAUGAGAAUUGGCCACAUCUUCAGGUAUUUGGUAUAUGUAUUUUAUACUAUACAGGGUGUCUCAAAAAAACCCAAAAUCAUUGAAAUAACGUAUUGUUCGAAUUUCAAUGCCGUAACACAAAGGAUUUUGACAGGGUGAUUAAUUUGUUUUAAAAAAUUAAAAUAUCUUUGUAAAGUGAACGUUUGUUUGCUCAUGGGAAUUUAAAAAUGCUUCGUAAAUUGUAAUAUGCGUAAUAUGCAUUCGUGGGUUUAGUACUUUAUGCCUGACAUAACAAGUUUACGCUGAGUAUUACCAUUCAUUAUAGCAGUUAUGUCAAUCUUUUAUGCACUCGUGGGAUUAACUUAGUGCUAGGGCAUUGAAUAUCGAACAAUACGUCAAUUUCAAUGAUUUUGGGGUUUUUUGAGACACCCUGUACAGUAUAGGCCUGCUUGGUUGUACAGUUCAGUGUGUAUCAAAAUAAUUCGAAUCCAAAUUUGGCGUGUAAUAACGCAGAAUAUAUUUGACAAAUUCGGUUGGUUUUUACACCAUUGUUAAGUUCAUUUAUUUAUCUUUCAAAUGACAUGCUGUACGCGUCAUUUAGUUGGAAAAUGAAGGAGUAUUGCUUUGACAAAAAAGUCCAUAAAAAUCACAACUUUCCGCCGAUGGGAAUUGGACAUUUUUUCUUUCAAAGUUAGUCCCACAAGGCUUUGAAAUGCUAAUCAUCACUGAAAACUAAAAUGCAAAUUUAACGCGAAUUUCUUCUCGUUCAACAUUUGAAAGCAUAGGAGCUUAAAUCUCUUUAAAUGAACAUGAAUUUAUGUAAAUUUUGCUACAUAACAGUUUGUUGAUUAAUUAAAUUUGCAUUAUCUUUUGUUUGUACGUCUCACUUCGAAUUCCCAUCGGCGGAAAAAUUUGAUUUCGAACAACCAGUUUUAACACACGAUUUCUUGGUCAUUCUUGAUCUUAUUGAUAUAAGAACGAUAUAAUCGGAAACCUAAUAGGCUAUUCUUUAUUGCCAUAUAAAAAUUAUAUGGUUUACUUUAGUAUUUUAUAAACAGCAGUCUGUCAAAUUUGGAUUCGAAUUAUUUUGAUACACACUGUAGUGAUUGACCGAUAAUCGGCUCGGGCCGAUUUUUGCCUUUUCGGCAGACAAUCUGAAUCGGUAGAAUUAUCUAUAUUUCCUAUUGUUUAAAACCGAUUGUUGAGAGAAUUCGCACUUUAAAAAUUAUAUGCAUUGCACCUUGAUACACGUUAAAUUUUAACUCAAUAUGUUAAAUUAAUUCGUGAAGCGUGCCAUUUAUUAAUGGUGUUAACGAUCUUUUGUUGCAGUAACAUGUUACGUUGUAAAUUAUCAUUAAAAAUUUGACAUGAAUGUUAUGAUGUCACCUUUACUCGGUCGUCUGCUAUUACGACGUCAUUAUAAAAUCGGCAUCGGUAUCUGGCGGAUUGUGCCAUGAAUAAUCGGUAAUUUUCGAUUGUUGCACAAUCGGUUGCACAUUCAUGCUGAGCUUUAUACCGAUGGGUCUCAUAAUUAUAUUCCCUAUGGCUAUAUGUAUUUGUGUCCCAUCAGUAAUAAUUCUCAAGGUAUAUAUUUGGUUUAGCAACAUUAUGCAAUGACGUUUUAGUACAAGCUGUGAUCUAUAUAAACAAUCCAUAUAUAUCCUACUAAUAGAGUAAGGAGGCUAAUUUUGAAAAUAUAAUUCAUUUGGGUCACAGAACUAUAUAUUAUUUUUGUAUUAUUUGCAUUCUCCAAAAAAUCCUUUUCUGUAUAUUUUCCUACUUUUCCUGAAAUUCUAGUCCGCCUUUUAUCAUACUUUUUUAUACACAAGGAUGCCAGAAAGCCUUGUCAUGCAAUACUUUUCUUGAAGUAUAAAUUUCAGUUUGUCUCCAGUGGAAGAGCUUUAAAAAUAAUCAAAUCAUUCUUAUAUACAGCUUUUUCAUCUCUUCCCUUUUUUCUUGAAAUAUAUUGUUUUUUCGUCUUGGAUUAUUCAGGAUAUGCAUGUUACGUCGCAAGUCGGGUCACAAUCGAAUUUUUAUCUUGACAGCCAGUGAUCAUUGUGGUCCUAAAACUCGUUUCUGGUUGCUGUUUCAAAUUUCGAAUUGAAUAGAAACAUUUUAAACAACUUUUGAUCACUUAGAUGUCAGAGACCUUACGAUUUUAGGACGGCAACGCGACGGCAACGGCUACCAAUACAAUAGAUCAUUGAAAAGAAUUGAAAAAUUAAAAUAUAUGAAUAAUUUAGACAUUGUCCUCGCUCUGUUUACAACGCCAAAUCACAGAUUUUCACGUCUUGAUACAAUGGCUGCAUUUCAAGCCGCAACAAGUGCAACUUCAAACUAAAUUCAGCAGUACUCUUUCCAACCAUCAAACCAAGUCUUCAACUUCUAAGACUGUAUUAAAUUCAUACGAUUGAUAAUAUACAACGAAUUAUCUUUACUACCAUUUAUUUGAAGGAGUUUGUUUUGGCCGUCGUCACUUUGCGGUCCUAUAAUCGUAAGGUCUCUAAUUGGGGGGGGGGGGGGGGGGCGGUAUUCAUAUAUUCGUGUUCUGCAUCAUUAAUGUCUUUUGAAAUCAAUUGUUUUUAAGGUCUGUGAACACGAAUAUAUGAAUAUUGCCCCCCCCCCCAGUUAUCGAGUUUGCUGCGCCACUGCUCCACUCUUCACGUCAUCAAAACCACAGUUUAAUAACAAGGAUAAGAAUUGAUCCAAGAAGGCAAAUAGCUUGUUCUUUUCGGUCCAAAUAGUUCAAUGGUUAAGCUUGAUAUGAUAGCAAGAUUUCAUACAUAAUUUUAGACAUUCUUUCAAGUGGGACAAACUACAUUUUUAGUUCCAACGUCCUUUAGAUACUGUACAUAAACAAUGGAUGUUUCUAUACUAUAUACAUUUAAAUCAAAUGAAAUGAUAUUUUAGAUUGAUGCGGUCAGUUUAUAUUUGUUGGUUUUGGCCCAAAUGAUUGCUUCUGGGUUGACGGUAAGUGAAAUAUUAUCAUGGUGAAUUAUACAACAGUAUAUCAUUCUUUUAUUUUGCAUUUUCUUGAUGGCUGUGAAGACAAAAUUUGACAAAAUCGCCACCGACCAAACUUUAAGAAUCACCGUCGAUCUAAACCACUGAAUGCAUGCCAGCCCCACAUUUUACUCCUGAAUAAAACAUAGAAAACCUGAGAAAAGUGUUCAAUAUCACGAUUUGCCCGCAGUUUUUGAUGAAAACAUGGCAUUUCAAUGACCUGGUAUACAAAGCAAAAUCUUGAAAGAGCUAAGAAAUACUGCGUGCGGGCGUGUUAGAUGCGCGCGCUCGCAGUAUUUCUAAUUAGCUCUUUCUUUUCUUAGCUCACAGAAUAGAUAUUAGCGACCUUAAGCAUGGUAGGACGGGAACGCGACUGCGAAGGCAAAGGCAAACAAUAUCGUUGAACCGAUGAUUGUAAAAGAAAAGUUGUCGUCUAUUAUCCAGCGUAUGAAAAUAAUACAGUUUAAGGAUCAAAAUUAACACUGGGUUUAUGAUUGAGAAAAGUUUUAGGACCCAAUUUAAAGUAGCAGUUGUCCCAGCUUGGAAUGUAAGCGUUGCAUACAAGACGUGAUAAUCUGUAUUUCGCUGUUGUAAAACAGAGCUACGCCUACGGCGACGUCUAAAACGACCGUGAGAUUUCAAUUAUUAAUUUCUGCUCACUUUCUUGCACUAAUAUGAUAUUAUUAGCUGUUCUCGUUUCACUUUCGUUCUGCUUUGUUGAAGUUCUUAAUAACAGUAGUUCUUUAUAAUUAUAAAAGUGUGAAAUUUAAGGCGGUUUCUUGGCACGUCCCCGUACUAGAUUAAGCUUUGCUUAAGUUCGCUAUUAGGCCAGAAGUGUCACUGAGAUGAUAUUUCGUCCGAAAUUUCACGUGCUGACGUGAUCAUAUGACGCCAUCCUGGAGUGCACACGGAAGUUUUUCAUGGGUACAAACAUAGGUACAAAGUGCCGUGUGCACUCCAGGAUGGCGUCAUAGCACUAGCAUAUUUGCUUUUGUUGACGAGGUUUCUGUCAAGUGGGGUUUUUGCUGGUAUACUCACUAUACUGUAUAUCUCCUCUUACACUUCGGUUUUUAUCUUAUGGAUAACUAGAUUAUUUAUACACUUGAUGAAGUUUCGUUCAUCCAAAACUUGAUUUACUACAUCGAACGAGCUUACCGUACACCUGAUUAUGGAAUCUGGGAACGAGGUUGUAGAAGUAACAAUGGACAUCGAGAAUUACAUUCCAGGUACUGACCGUACUGUAAUAGCGUGUCAUGAUUAAUGAUUAUUAGUUUACUAUUGUGUCAGUGUUGUUUAAGGUAAUUCCGCAGUAAUUGUUCCCGAAAUGAGAAUGUGCUGAAACUUCCCAGACAUGGAGUUUAUGAUAUACUUAAAGUAAAAUCACACAAAAAAGUCGGGGUCACCGAACUCGUUAAGAAGAUAUGACAAUCACAAUAUACCACCUUUACCCCAAUAUGGCGCCAUCUUGACGCUCAUUACGAGUAACAGCAAAAUCACAACAGCCUGAUAUUUAUUGACGGUUUUAGCGCGGAUUUUGCUUUUGUAAACUUAUCUUGUAAUUAUUUUUGGAAAAAUAUUAUGUUUUGAGCAAAAUGAAACUACUAACGUUUUUUCCAACUGAUCUAUAAAUGUCUUUUCCACAUUUCUUUACAUAUCUUUCUUGGAGAACAUGCAUUGAUAAAGGAUUUUUCUUUUCAAGAUCCAGAAAUGAUUUUUCUCUUAAUUUCGGAUAUGGAAUGUAAAAUGCAUUAAAGAAAUAAAUUAUCAGUUAAAAAACGGGGGUCACCGAUCUUUUUAGAGAAUUGCUACACUUUUGUAUGCCUUUUUUGAAACCAUUGAUUUUUAUGUAAUUCUUUGCACGAGUCUAACCAAAGAUGUUUUGAAGUAACAUAAAAUUGUCAUAAAAUGAUUUUUUUAAACGGUAUACGUAUAAUGGAUGAAAUUAUAAGUUAUAAGAUGUGCGCAGUAAAAGUGCGCAAUGCAAAACUGCGGAAUUACCUUAAUAUGAUUAAUGGGAAGGAACUUCAGGAGUAAGGCGUGAUGUGGGCGCAGCGACCGCGAAACGUAGUACGCAAUAAUUGACAUUAAUUGGCAUAAUUGCGCGUGAGCAUGAUGUAGAUAUACACGGCCAGCAGCAGGCCAGCAAAUUUGUGGCGGUCAUCGGACAAAAUGACAAAUUGAACUAAAUUUAAAUCUAAAAUUGGAUUUUGUAUGCUUUAGUUCAAUUGGAAUGGCGAAAGCUGCAUUAGAAAGUCUAAAUGGAUUUAAUCUUUUUGGCAGCCAGGUACUGUUUUAAUUAAUAGAAUCUUUAUCUUCCAUGACUUUCAAAUAUUUAUUUUUGCUGCCAAAUCAUGUCCAUUUCAAUGAAGGCUCUGAAACAGAAUUGAAACAAUGCUAGAAUAUUGAGUAAACAAGAAUAAUGUUUAAAUGAAUAAGUCGCGCAAGUAUUUUUUUCAAUUAUAAUAUUUAUAUGGGUUAAUAUGGUAUGCAUGUACUGUAUAUGUACACGCGUAAAAAUUGAGAAAAUCGACAACUUGUUGCAAGUUGAUAGCGACAGGCGUGAGCAAGGUUGUGCGGCCCACUAUGAACAGUAUUGUCAACAUGUUGUUACAGCAUUGUUCAACUGUAACAACUUGGAACAACGUGGUUGACAACUUGUUCAUUGUUGGCCGCACAACAUUGUUCACGCCUGUCGAUAUCAACAACCUGUGCGUUUUUAGCCGUGUACAUGAAAACACGCAGUGCCAAAACAUGAAAUAAAGUGGAGAAAAAAACAAAUGUGUCAAUUAGGUUUUUACACUUGCAGUAAAAACUUGUAUUAAGUAAUUGAGCCAUUCGGACGAGUGUAAUUUGACGUUUUGAAAAACUCACGAGUGUAACGAUGUUUUUCCAAAUUGCACGAGAAACCAUACCAUGACCUAUGCAGAUCGGUGGUUUUAUUUCCAUAAUAAUAACUAUGGUUGGAUGUUAGCUCUACCGGUUCAGUAAACUGUUCUUCCUGGAGGUCCAGUUACCGUACGGCCAUACGUCUCGCAUUUGCCCGUUGUUGCUAUGGACGAAACGCUCGGGAAGAACUGUCUGGUGAAUACUUCUAUAUUUCACUCUGGCAAAAUUAAAUUAUAUUACUCUAUAUAAGAAUGUCUAGCUAUUGCCGUAAAGUUACAGGGAUGGAAAGAACGUACAGUAACAAUUAAGUCACCAACAUACAGUAGAUUAUAUAAAUUAUUUAGAUUAUAUGAAGUAUUUUUCAUUAUUUUCUCUUAAGGGAACAUCUUCAUCUGUAAUUUAUGUUGAUCCAGAUGCGUUCAAUAGAAACUGUACAAUUCUUAAGACUCUGCUUCCGAGAGAAUCUAGUUCUAAGGUAAAUUCUGGAAUACUUUUACGCGUGGAGAGGGCUUGCAUGCACGCAUAUGAUUGGGGUUUCUGGUUUUAUAUUUAUAUUUUAUUAUAUACUUAUUAUAUAUACUUAUUUUUUAUUUUUACUUUUUGUUAUUUAUUUUUAAAAUGGUACUGAAAAACUACAUUUUGUAUUAAAUGAAUGAAUUUGCGACACUAAUUAAGAAGACAUGAUUCGUCUCACAUAAUUUAUGUUCAAAAAUAGUAAUAAAAAAAACAUGCGAAUCAACAUGAAAACGAGUCAAUGCGAUUCAGAUUUUCAAAUGUAAUCAUAUAUGCAUGGUCUUAGUUUCGAAGUGUAAUAAUUGUUUUGGGAUUUUUUCUGUGUUGGUGCUGUGUACUCAGGUGAAUAUUAUGUUUGUGGUGUUACUCUGAGUGUAUAUCACCGGGCAAGCUUCCAAAGGUCGUAUAUAGGUUCGAUUCCCAUUCAUUCGAUUCAUUUUUUCAAACUUGCCCGGUGUGGAUAUACACUCAGAGUAACAUAACAAACAUAUUUGUUUUGGGGUUAAUAGGCUUGAGAUGGCUCUCUAUGGUUCUAAUAUCGGCAAAUAAUUAUAUGGGGUCGUGAUUAGUUGCGUUCUCUGACAUUAGGGCCAUUUAUACGGGACAAAAUAAGUCGCGACUUGCAUAAGACGCGUCUUGUAUAAGCGGAGUUAUCGUAUAAAUGGUUCUCUACGGCUCUAGUGUUAUUUACUUGCUAUAGCUAUAAUGUUGUUUUGGUUGCUUUUGUUUUAAUAUGCAAGGCUAAUAAUUUUACGUUGUUUCAAGUCUCGGCCAUGUGUACUGUAGUUAGACUUUUUAUGCAAAAUGUCUUGUUUAAGACGCGACUUAAUGGGAACAGCUAAAAGUCCUGUUCUUAUUUAAGUCGCGUCUUAUCCAGUGGCGUGCUGGCAGGGGGGCGUGCCCCCCCCCCCUCCCCCCAGCUGGCAAUUCUUGCAGGGCUCAAAAUGAAAAGGGGGCGCCGAUCCCGCGCCGAGUUUUGAAAGUGGGUGGGAAAAAACUAGAAAUAUAGUUACUUCCGCCGAGAAAAGAUGUGUUUAUAGGCUUAUAAACAGACUAAGCGCAUAGGCGACAAAGUGAUAUAUUAAAUUAUACAGACUAUUUUGUCUAACCGUAUUUGCUAAUUUGCUACCUCACGACUCACACGAAAUCGUUCAUAUAGGAACAUGAACUGUGAUCACACGCAAUGUCUCAUCACCGGAAUAUUGGUCAGGUUUCGAAGCGAUCACGGGAAUCAUGCCCUUUCUUGCUGGUAUUAUGCCCUUUAUUAUGCUUCACGAAUCACAAGAGCGGCGCAAAUUAGAUAGUUUAAGUUAUGAUAAUGUAAAAUUGUGUACGCAAUUUAGUUGUUUGCGCUAGAAACAUCAUGAGUAAUGUGAAUAAUGAAAUAAUGCUGAAACGCGCCCUUUUGGCAGCCAGGCAGGGAAACCUUAAAAUGCAUAUGCGUGGGGUCUGUGUGUUAUUGUAUAAAAGAGCUGUAUGUUGUAAUUGUAUUCAGAUCACUAGAUCAGUAGAGAAUAGAAUUGGGAUUAGAUUAAUCGCUGGAAGUUGUUAGCAUUGCAUAAUAUAAGUACUACUACUAAAUUCAAACCAAAUUGCAAAUUUCGACACGUUAUAAUGCCGUUUCCUGACCAUCAGAUUUCUGUCAAAUCUUCCCCCAAAGUCCAGGAAAUGGACUCUAAAUUCAAAAGUCGCGACUUAUUUUGUCUCGUAUAAAUGGCCCUAUUAUGAAUGGGGUUUCGGUGGCGUAGUCGCCAGAAGCGCCUUUCACCUCUGAGUACGUCUACGCGAGACGCACGCGUGUUGACUUGAGUAUUUAGUCACCAGUCUUGUAAACUAACUGUAUAGAGAGCAACCUCAAUUGAAAUGUCAAUGCAAGAUUUUCUAUUUAGGAGACAGAUGCUGCAUUGCUUUGCAUUAUUGGAUAUCCUGCCUUUGUUGUGGAUGAUGAGAAACUCAAGGAGACCACUGGGGAAAGAGUUGUUGAAAAUCUGAUG